UGUUACUUUUGGCAACACCGAGUGACAAAACCGGCUUGCCCAUUUUUGUUUUUUUUUUAAUUUUUUAAACACCAUUACUUAGGAGUUGCACGUGUCAAGUGAACAGUAUGGCAACUCAAGACAAAUUAACAAGAAUAGCAAUUGUCAGUAAUGACAAAUGUAAACCGAAGCGAUGUAAACAAGAAUGUAAAAAAUCUUGUCCUGUGGUUCGUAUGGGGAAGCUUUGUAUUGAGGUAACACCAAAUGAUAAGAUCGCAUCUAUAUCAGAAGACCUUUGUAUUGGUUGUGGUAUUUGUGUCAAAAAAUGUCCCUUUGAAGCUAUAACUAUUAUUAACCUUCCAAGCAAUCUAGAAAGAGACACUACUCAUAGGUACAGUCAAAAUUCUUUUAAACUUCACAGACUUCCAACUCCAAGGCCUGGAGAAGUAUUGGGGUUAGUUGGCACUAAUGGUAUUGGUAAAUCAACAGCGUUAAAGAUUCUUGCUGGUAAAUUGAAACCUAAUCUCGGGAAAUAUCUAGAUCCUCCAGACUGGACUGAAAUAUUGGCUCAUUUUCGAGGAUCGGAGUUGCAAAAUUAUUUCACUAAAAUUUUAGAAGAUGAUUUAAAGGCUAUUAUUAAACCCCAAUAUGUUGAUCAAAUACCUAAAGCUGUACAAGGUUCCGUGCAACAGUUGUUGGACAAGAAAGAUGAACUUAAAAAUCAAAACUUGAUAUGUGAAAUGUUGGAUUUAGGAAAUGUUAGGGAUCGACAAGUUCAAGAAUUAUCUGGUGGGGAAUUACAACGAUUUGCUUGCGCUAUUGUAUGCAUACAAAAAGCUGAUAUAUUUAUGUUUGAUGAACCUUCCAGUUAUCUGGAUGUAAAACAGCGUUUAAAAGCUGCUGAAGCAAUUAGGUACCUAAUUAGUCCUACCAAGUAUAUCAUCGUUGUUGAACACGAUUUAUCAGUGUUAGAUUAUCUCUCUGAUUUUAUAUGCUGUUUGUAUGGUGUGCCAGGAGCGUAUGGUGUUGUUACUAUGCCUUUCUCGGUUCGAGAAGGUAUCAAUAUUUUUCUGGAUGGAUUUGUCCCAACGGAGAAUCUCCGGUUUAGAGAUGUGUCUUUAGUUUUUAAAGUUUCUGAAACAGCAUCUGAAGAAGAAAUCAAGCGUAUGUGUCGUUAUGAGUAUCCCAGGAUGGUUAAGCAGUUGGGCAACUUUAAAAUGUCCGUGGAGACUGGCACUUUCACUGAUUCGGAGAUCAUUGUUAUGCUGGGUGAAAAUGGUACGGGCAAGACGACUUUUAUCCGAAUGAUGGCUGGCAAAUUACAGCCAGACGAUGGUGGCACCAUUCCAACUCUAAACAUCAGUUACAAGCCGCAAAAAAUAUCUCCCAAAUCGCAAGGUUCUGUUCGACAAUUGCUGCACGAAAAAGUCCGUGAUGCCUAUGUCCAUCCCCAGUUCAUCGCUGAUGUCAUGAAACCUCUGCAGAUUGAUAACAUCAUUGACCAAGAAGUCCGCAAUUUGUCUGGUGGUGAGUUGCAAAGAGUUGCCUUAGUGCUUUGCUUGGGUAAACCGGCUGAUGUUUACCUUAUUGACGAGCCCUCUGCCUAUCUGGAUUCCGAACAGCGUUUGGUUGCAGCUAAAGUUAUCAAACGCUUUAUUUUACACGCUAAGAAAACCGGUUUUGUCGUAGAGCACGAUUUUAUAAUGGCUACUUACCUUGCUGACAGGGUGAUUGUAUUUGAAGGUAGACCAUCAGUUGAAACUCACGCGAACUCUCCACAAACCCUCCUUGCUGGUAUGAACAAGUUCUUAGAAUUGUUGAACAUUACUUUCCGCCGAGAUCCUAAUAAUUUCCGACCACGUAUUAAUAAAUUAAAUUCAGUAAAGGACUCUGAACAAAAGAAAGGUGGAAAUUUUUUCUUUUUGGAAGAUUAAUGAUUAUUUUAACUAGAAAAUUUCACAGUGCCUUGCAGGCACAAUAUAAUAAAAAGCAACAAAAACCAUAAUUUAUUACAAAUAUAUUUGUUUUAUUUUUUACAUUUUUAUAUAUAAGUGAAAUUUGGUGGUACAAAACUAAAGGUUUUUGUAAAGUUAUUUCAUUUGUUAUGCAUAUAUAAAACUUUUAAGUCAAAAACCUUUUUUUUCCCUCAUUAGUUAAAAUCAUUAAUGAACUCUUUGUUGAAUAAAAUAAAAGUGUGGGAAAUGACAUAGUGCCCUGGCACAAUAUAAUAUAAAAAUUAACCAAUUUAAAAUUUUACUUGAGUAUUUUUUAACACUUUUAUGAAAUAAAAAAAGGUGAAAUAUAUAGGAAAAUAAGUGAAGAAUGUUAAAUUUAUAAUUCAAAAUAAUUUUAUUUUUAUGUACCUCAUUUUAGAAGUUAAAUAUGCAUGCAUUCGCUAUAGUAAGGUGUGAAAAGCUCUGUUAAACCAUAGUUUAUUAUGUUUUUGUUCUUAUAAUAUAUCAGAAAGCAUAUUAAAUCAUUUAUAAUUAUGUUUUAAAAAGUAAUUUUUUCGAAGCAAGAACAGUUUCUUUUAUCGAUUAUUAUUACUUGAAACUUAUGUAGCCAGCGCCUUGAAGGUGCAUUUUUAAGUAAAAAGAAUAACUGAACCAUAAUUAAUUACUAUUUUAUUUUCAUGAAAUAAAAUAUUAAACAUUUUGUACUGUUAUUUAAAUUGUCGGAACUAUAUAUAAAUUUAAUAUCAAUCUUGAAAGUAAAAAGAAAAUAAUUGUAUUUGUGUUUUUUUGUUUUUGGUCAAUAUGAUUAAAAUUAUUUUGGUAAAUGAA